CUGAAUAGCAUACAAUAGGGCGGUGCCAGGCAAAACCUUCGAUAAAACACACACAUAUCAGACGCAACCCCCUCAAACGCAUAGCUUUUCUUCACAAUUUCGAUCAUCCACAACAGGGAUAACAUCCAAUGGUGGGGAGACACCGUGUUCUGCGUGAACCCAUGAUUGACCGGCGUGGCUACCCUCUUGAUGGACCGUAUGGUCGAGGCCCUCCUAUGCCUCGGCAGGUGCCACAUCCUGCAAUGUUGGAGGAAGAACUUGAAAUGCAGCAUGCUGAAAUCCGGAGGCUCUUAGCUGAUAAUCGGAGGCUGGUUGAGGACAGGAUGGCAUUGCAGCAUGAUCUUGGUGCUGCGAAGGAAGAAAUUCAUCGCAUGAAUGUUGCCUUUUCUGCUAUUCGCGCUGAAGAAGAACUGCAAUCCAGGGAGCUCUUUGAGAAGGCGAGAAGAUUGGAAGCUGAUCUUCGGGCAACCGAGCCAUUGAAAAACGAGGCUAAGCAACUGCGUGGUGAAGUUCAGAAGCUGAAUGGCAUCAGGAAGGAACUUUCCACACAAGUUCAGACUCUCACACAGGACCUGUCAAAGUUGCAAUCUGAUAAUCAACAGAUUCCUUUGCUAAAAUCUGAGAUUGAUGGUCUGCGCCAGGAGCUUAUGCAUGCUAGAAACACAGUUGAUUAUGAAAAGAAGGCAAAUAUUGAGCUUAUGAAACAGAGACAAGCGAUGGAGAAUAACCUAGUUUCUAUGGCACGUGAGGUUGAGAAACUUCGUGCAGAACUUGCUAGAAUCGAUGGUAGACCGUGGGGUGCAGGUGGACAAUAUGGGAUGAGUUUCAGCAGCCCAGAUGGGGGCUUUCCUGCUCCAUAUGGAGAUGGAUAUGGGAUGCACAUGGGUAUGCCUAAUAAUGGAUCGAUGUAUGGGGCAGGCCCAGCUUCGUGGGGAGGUUCGGAAAAGCCUCGCAUGGCUCGUCGUUGAAAUGUGGAAGACUUUGUUUCAAUGACACAGUUACAUGUCACUUUUGGUUGCUCGUCAUCAGGAGAUUAACGGCCAGGAAUUUAUGGGUUCAUCUACGAGUACACUCCCGAUCAGUAGCCCUUUGUUUAUCUUUAGUCAUCAUAAACUGAUUUAUAUAGGUAAAAUGACUUUGCUUGAUUGCUAGAAAUAAUAUAUCCCAUAUCUCCUGCAUCAAGUAUAUACUAGUUUGGAAUUUUCUGUCCUUACAUUUGCACCAGUUAUGUCUUACAUAGGUUGUGACCACAUUACUUA